ACUGCCUCGAGAGACUAGUACGAGUUAGCACCUGUGGUGGGAAGGGUCCAAAGCCCACACCCGGGAACCUAGCGAGUCACCAUUACUUUAAGUACUGCAAAAUCUCAGCAUUGGCUCUACUGAAAUGAUGAUGCAUGCCAGAUCAGGAGGCAACUUGGAAGUGAUGGGCUUAAUGCUGGGAAAGGUGGAUGGUGAGACCAUGAUCAUUAUGGACAGUUUUGCUUUGCCUAUAGAGGGCACUGAACCCCGAGUCAACGCUCAGGCUGCUGCAUAUGAGUACAUGGCUGCGUAUAUAGAAAAUGCUAAACAGGUUGGCCGCCUUGAAAAUGCAAUUGGCUGGUAUCACAGCCAUCCUGGCUACGGCUGCUGGCUUUCUGGGAUUGAUGUUAGUACCCAGAUGCUCAAUCAGCAGAUCCAGGCACCAUUCGUAGCAGUAGUAAUUGACCCAACAAGAACAAUAUCUGAAGGAAAAGUGAAUCCUGAAGCCUUUAGGACAUAUCCAAAGGGCUACAAACCCCCUGAUAAAGGACCUUCUGAGUACCAGACUAUCCCACUUAAUAAAAUAGAAGACUUUGGUGUACAUUGCAAAUAAUACUAUGCCUUAGAAGUCUCAUAUUUCAAAUCCUCAUUGGACAGCAAAUUGCUUGAGCUUUUGUGGAAUAAAUACUGAUUGAAUAUACUGAGUUCCUCUAGUUUGCUUACUAAUGCAGACUAUACCACUGGUCAGGUCUUUGAGUUGUCUGAAAAAUUAGAACAGUCAGAAGCCCAGCUGGGACAAGGGAGUUUCAUGUUGGGUUUAGAAACACAUGACAGAAAGUCAGAAGACAAACUUGCCAAAGCUACAAGAGACAGCUAUAAAACUACCACAGAAGCUAUCCAUGGAUUGAUGUCUCAGGUUAUUAAGGAUAAACUGUUUAAUCAAAUUAACAUCUCUUAAACAAUCACUAAGUAGUAUUUUUGACUGAAAGCCAGUAUGAGAAAAAUACUCAAGUAACACUUUAAAAUCAGUUACCAAAUAUCUGAUUAGAAGUAUAAGGUGCUCUGAAGUGUCCUGAAUAUUAACAUCGUGUAAUAAAACUCUUUAAAAU